GCUCCAAUGCCCUAUGUGUAUGUACAAUUAAUAUGUUUCAAUGUUUGCGAUUUUGUUUUUCUAUUGACUUUUUUUUAGUCCUGGCCUCCUGGGAGACGGGAGUUCGUGUAAAAAACUAAAAUCUUUGAGUUGUUGAUUGUUUUCUCUUAUUAUUGUUACAUAUUUAUUAGUAAUUCCUGGAGUGUGCAAAUUUAUCUUUUUGUGACAUGUUUCAAUUAUUUUAGUUUGUUAUUUGUUUGUAUUCAGCAGAAUAUACACACAAAUUGGUUAUUGAAGAGGAUCAUUAAAAAAAAAAAAUGGAUUUUAACAGUAUUGAUGAUGAUGAUGUUGAAAAAUUACGUCUAGCUGCACUUAUGACAUUCAAAAAAAAAUCUAAUUUGCCAAUAAAUUCAAUAAGUAGUACAUCUGGAGAAUUUAAUAAAUUUGGAAAUGGCAACUCCUACAAUAAUCCUGCAAGAAGUAAUAACAGAGGACGCUGCUUUCCAGUACCAAAUAGGUUAUAUAAUAAACGCACAUAUGCUAAUGUUGGUUUUCGAAGACCAACUCAUGCCAACAAUAAUUUGAUUGCAAUUAUACCAAUGGAUACUGAAGGUGAUUCUCUAAAUGAUUCAAUAUCUAAGAAUUUACCUAAAAAUACUAAUUCAAAACACACGUAUACUUCCGAUUCCACCAAAUCAACCAAUUUUCAGAAUUUAAAUAAUGAAGUUUCUACAAAAUUUAGCAGAUUAGAAAAUGAAUCUGGUUCUGAAGAAAGUGAUGAUAGUGAAGCUGAAGAUGGAAAAGAAGAUUCAGAUGAUGGAGAUGUCUUAUUAUUGGGUGAAGAAGAUGAAGACUUAGAUGAUCUUGAUAAAUUAAUGGACAUUAUGGAGGCUGAAAUUGCUGGUGGAAAUGUUAAAUCAUCUAAAAAAGAAAAGAAAAGUUUAAAGCAAAAAAAUAAAAAAGAUAAGGGUACAGUAAAAAAUAAAUUGGAUGCUAAAACUAAAGUAGAUGAACCUCCUUUAACUAUAAAUCAACCCAAGAUUAUUGAAGAUUCUAAACCUCAAUUAAAUCCACCUGAAGAAGAAUUAGAAUCUAUAAAAACUUUAGAAGAAAUUAGAAACUCUUCAUCGCAAUCUAGUUUAUUGAAAUCACGUGUACCUUUGAGAUCUCCAUCGCCGCCUCUAAGAAAAAGAUCGAUGUCUCCUUAUAGUAAACUUCAAAAAAGGUCACCUUUGUCCAGAUCACCACGAAGAAGAUCUCCUUCCAUAGACAGAUAUAGAUAUUCACCACAACGAUCAAGGCCCUAUCGUAGGUCUUUAUCACCAAGGAGAUCACCUAGACGUUUGUCACCGCUAAGGGAAAAAAAUCUUUCUCCUAGACGAUAUUCACCUCUUAAAUCUCGUUAUCCCUAUCGAUCACCAUCUCCCAGAAGAAGGCGUAGAUCUAUAUCACGAGAUGUAUCGCCUAGUAGAAGACGGUUAUCACCAUUAAGGAGAAGAAGUAGAUCUCCGCUCAAAAUGAAAUCAAAAUCUAGAUCACCUAAGGUAAGACCAGCUCUUAGAAGACGAUCACCUAGUCCAUUAAAAAAAGUAAUAAGGUCAAGACCAUUAUCUCCUCCUAAUAAUCGGCGUAAAGAUAGUAAAAUUGCGGAUGAUGAUCACUUAAAGAAAAGAGAAAAAGUUAAAUCUGUUGAUAAUCAAUCGGAAUCAAGGCCAAUAGAUCCUGUUUUAGAAGCCAGAAAAAGGAAAUUUGAAUCCAACAAGCCAAUUGAACCAACUAGUAAAAAAAUUAUUUUGAAAAAAACCAAUUCAGUUCAAGUAGCAAUUCAGACUGAAAAUAAAGAGACUGAAAAUGAAAAGAAUGCCCCCGAAAUAAAACCAAAAACUAAUUUAACAAAGAAAGUAAAAAAAGUUGCACAUUCCUUCCAGGUUCCAAAAAAUGUUAACAUAAAAAUGAAUAAUGAUUUGGAAACUGUACAUUUACGAAGAGUUGUAAAAGUAAAUACAUCUUCAGAUAAAAUGUGUAAUAAAAAACGACCCAGGAUCGUGUUUGGGCAUGAAGAAAAAAAUGAUACCCCUAUUGAAGAAGUCGAUAAUUUUAAUAAACCUAUUGAGAAUAUUGCUAAAUCAAAUACAACUGUAACAAAAGUAUUACAUUCUGAAGCAGUAGAAGUAUCUAGUACAUCAGAAGAAGAAUUAUCAGAACAAGAAGUAUCUGAGGAAGAAGUAUCUGAAGAAAAUGUAGAUGAAGAAAGUGAAAAAGAAGAUGGACAAGACUCUAGUGAUAGUUGUGAGGAAUAUAUUGAAGAGGAAGAAGAAGAAGAAGAAGAAGAAGAGAUUGAUGAACAUCAACAGGGAGUUGAUGAUAAAAAAGAAUCCUUGCAGUGUAAUGAUACAGUUGAUCUUAGAACAGAACUUAAACGAAGAAGGGCUCUUCGAUUAAAUAUGAUUCAAGUGGAAGUAAAGAAAAAACCAGAAUCAUUUUAUCCUGCACGGUUAUUACAGUCAGCUAUAAGAGGUGUUGUUGGUUCGAGCAGUACCAAUGAAGUUAAAAGAAAAAAACAUUCUAAAAUACCAGAAAUUAGCAUAAAAACAGAAGGUAACUCAGAUGGCAGAAGAGUAAUUGUAAUGAAUCGAGACAAAACAAGGACCGACAAUGUUCAUGAAGAUUAUAAUGAUGCAGUCGAAUCGUAUGCAAGUGUCAAGCGUCUAAAGGGUAAAUUAAAGAAGGGACCAGUACAUUUGAGAACAACAGGUGUUAAUAACGAUAACACCAAUCAAAAAGGACUAAGGAAGAUCAUAAAGCGUAACAUUAAUGUUACAAAUUUCGAUCAGGUAUUUUAUGUCCUAAUCACAUGCAUUUUUAUCCUCUUGGUCAAUUUAUUAUAUGACAAUUAUUUUGUUUCCAUUUUACUUUUAUGGUAUUCUCCAAAAUUCAAGUUAAUUGUAGUUUAGUUCUUUCUUUCUAAUUCGUAAUAGGAACUAAUUAAUCUUUAUUCAUAAAUGUAUAUUAUUUACAUUCCAUUCUUAAAAAAUUAUCUCGAUAAGUGCGAUUUAAAUAUUUUAUACUUAAAUUAUCAUUUAAUUUUAUUAGUAAAUACACAAUUUGGUACACUAUUAAGUGCGGUACUUAAUAUAUUUAAGAUACUGAACUACUAGAAAAUUCUCAAAUAUAUCUUGAUUACCAUUAUGUACAAUUUUAAUCCAGUAUGAUACAGAACAUUUCUUUUCUUGAAGAUUGUGCUAUACAAAAUAAAUAAAUUUCAAAAAUUGCCUGUACUUAAAAAUUUGAAUUAAGAAUUGUUAAUUUUUUUGUAUGAUAUACUAUUCUUUUUUUUCAUUUGAGCCCUCCCAGUACAUUUGAGCUUGUUUAACCACUAUUACUCAAAAGAUAAAAAAUAUCCAUUUAAUCUGAGCAACUAUAACUUAAAAUAAAUGUAAUCACAAGUCAUAGAGUUUGUUUCACAGUUAUUUAACAUUUUUUUUUUUUAUAUUCUAAAAUGUCAAUUAUUAUUUAUUAAUAAUAUCUGAUUAUAAACUUCAAAAUGUUUUUAACAUAUGGUUAAUAUUCAAUCUACAUAUACAACAUUGAAUGUAUUCAAAGACUAAUAUCUCUUUAAUAUUAAACAUUUUUAAUGUCUUUGGCACUUAGUAUUUUUGGACAAUUUUGUUAUAUAUAAUAUUAGGUGUUUUCAAUGAAUUUUUUUAUAAAAUUUAGCUUACAGAUAUUAUUUAAAAACUCCAGUUGUAUACUGUUUUUGUGUGAAUUAUUUAUUUAUUUUUAAAUUCAAAUAGAUUACUUAUAACUAAAGACUGAUUUUUUUUGAAUCCAUAAGACUGAUAAUUUAUUUUCUGCUACAUUAAUUUCUCAGAUCUCAGCAAUUACUUUAGAUCGUUUCAAAAUAUUUUUAACCUUUUAUGUUUAUAAAGUUACAUAUUUAUUAUGUUGGACUAACAAUUAUGUAGUUGAAGUAAAAUGUUAAAUAAAAAUUCUAUUUUUAAUUUCAUUUGUUGCUAUUUA